GAGGGCGUCUGCGACGGCGACCCGCACGCGUCGCUGGAGACCGUGCUCGACGCGGACAACCUCAAGUGGGUCGAGGCGCGAAACGCCGAGGCCAUCGCGCGCGUCGGCGACCCGUCCAAGACCAAGACCUUCGAGCGCAUCCUGGGCUGCCUCGACAGCAAGGAGAAGAUCCCCGGCGCCUACGAGAUCGGCGAGCCCGGCGAGGGCCGGCUCUACAACUUCUGGCAGGACGACGAGCACGUCCAGGGCAUCUGGCGGUCCACGACGGCGGAGUCCUUCGCGACGGCCUCGCCCGAGUGGACGACGGCCCUCGACCUCGACGCGUUGGACCCGCCCGAGUUCGGCGACACGGCCGCGACCUGGGUCUGGCACGGGUCGUCGCUCCUCGACGACGGCAACCACGACCGCGCGCUGAUCUCGCUGUCGCCCGGCGGGUCCGACGCGGACACGACGCGCGAAUUCGACCUGACGACGAACGCCUUCGUCGAUGCGAAGGACGGCGGCUUCGCCAUGCCGACGCCCGCCAAGACCCAGAUCGCCUACCGCGGCCGCGACGAGUGCCUCGUCGGCACGGACUUUGGCGGCGACGGCUCCGCGUUGACGGACAGCGGCUACCCGCGCGUCGUCAAGAGCUGGAAGCGGGGCACGCCCCUCGACGACGCGGUGACGGUCUUCGAGGGCGAGAAGCAGGACAUCGCCGCGUCGCAGUACUGCUACAAGGACCGGGGCGUCCUCCACGAGUUCCGCGUGCGGUCGCUGACGUUCUACACGUCCAAGCACUGGUACCGGUCCCCGAAGGCCGGCGCCCUCGCGCACGAGGACGCGACGCCGUUCGCGGAGGUGCCCAUCCCCGCGGACGCGAACAUCGGCACCUUCGGGGCCUGUGCGCUCGUCACGCUCCGGAGCGACUGGACCGCGGGGGGCGAGACCUACGCGCAGGGGAGCCUGCUGAGCGUGGAUUUGGAGGCGCUCGUCGCGGGCGAUUUGAGCAACGUCACAGCGCUCUUCACGCCCACGGAGGCGCGGUCCCUGGAGGACACGACGGAGACGAGGGACUUCCUCGUGCUCAAGGUCCUCGAGGACGUGCGCACGAAGCUCGUGACCUACAGAUACGCGGCCGGCGCGUGGUCGCUCCACGACGACGGCUCCGGCGGCGCCGUCGGCGUCGGCGAGGACGUGGCCGUGCAGGCCGUGAACCGCCGCGCGGACGCGGACAACAAGGUCUACGUCUGGCGCGACGGCUACCUCGUCGUCGACGUCCUCGAGACCGCGGACGCGGCGGACCUCGCGGCGACGACGGUCCUCAAGACGAAGCCCGCGAUGUUCGACGCUUCCGGGCUGACCGUGGACCAGCACUUCGCGACGUCGGCCGACGGCACGAAGGUGCCCUACUUCGUCAUGCGCCGCGAGGACCUCGCGUUCGACGGGUCGAACCCGACGCUCGUCGACGCCUACGGCGGCUUCGAGAUCUCGCUCACGCCGGGCUACUCCGCGGGCGUCGGCGUCGGCUGGCUCGAGCGCGGCGGCGUCAAGGUCAUCGCCAACAUCCGCGGCGGCGGCGAGUACGGCCCGCGCUGGCACCAGGCCGCGCUCAAGGCGAAGCGGUUCAAGGCCUACGAGGACCUCGAGGCCGUCGCGCAGGACGUCGUCGACCGCGGCAUCUCGUCGCCGCCCAAGCUCGCGGUCAUCGGCGGCUCCAACGGCGGCCUCAUGGUCGGCAACGCCAUCACGCGGCCCCGGGCGUCCGCGCUCUUCGGCGCCGCGGUCUGCCAGGUGCCCCUGCUCGACAUGAAGCGCUACUCGCACCUCCUCGCGGGCGCGUCGUGGAUGGCCGAGUACGGCGACCCGGACACGGACGACUGGGCCUUCCUCCGCGACCACAGCCCCUACCAGAAGCUCCGCCACGACCGCCUCGGCAUCCCCGAGGACGGCGAGGGGGCCGCGGCGCCGGACGCGGACUGGACGUGCCCGCGCGUGCUCUUCACGACGAGCACGCGCGACGACCGCGUCCACCCGGGCCACGCGCGGAAGAUGGUCAAGGCCCUCCUCGACGAGGCGCCCGAGGACAAGGUGCCCCUCUGCCUCUACUGGGAGAACACGGAGGGCGGCCACGGCGGCGCCGCGGACAACAAGCAGCGCGCGUUCAUGUGGGCGCUCACCUACAACUUCCUC